UGGAUGGAGGCUAUGCCGAUCAUUUUUGGUCUUGAUUCUAAACCUUGUCUUAUCGUUUUUAAUAUAUAAUUCCUCGACACUCCACCAUAGCUAAUGGCGCGGAAGAUGAUGUCUCGCAAAACCACGCAUCUCCUGGUAUUUAUUCUGCUAGUGGUGAUUGUGGCCUCGGUGCUCAAGAUCAGUGUGCCUGAUACUUCCCUAGACCCGACGACGUUCUACCACCAUGCCACCAGCCAAGACAGGAACGAGCCGGACUAUUGGGAAUGGGAAACCACCACACGUUUCGCUCCUCUGAAGAAUCAGUUCACUGCUAGUCACGGCGCUGAUGACGACCACCUUUGCGACUCUUUCCCCACCUAUGUAUUGACACGUAUCCAAGUUGUGCUAAAGAUCGGGGCGUCCGAGCCCGCCGAUCGCGUUGACGCUCAGAUCUCGACCGUCACCCGUUGUAUUCCGAACCUCCUCAUCGUCUCCGAUCGCGAAAGCGAACUACAUGGUCAUCGCGUGCACGACAUCCUUGCGACGCUUCCCGAAUCGUUUCGCCUCAAUGUGACGGACCUCGAACCCUACGAAGCCUUGCGGCAGGGCAAUGAGAAAGCGGUGGGGAGCGACGAGGGCUGGCACCUGGAUCGCUUCAAGUUCUUGCCCAUGGUCGAACGCGCGCAUGAGGUGAACCCGACCGCGCAAUGGUAUAUUUUCCUAGAAUCCGAUACCUACUAUGUGUGGGACAAUCUCUUCCGUCUUCUCGAUCAGUACGAUCCGUCGGAGCCGUUAUAUUUUGGGUCCCCAUCACCCGGACGGGAAAUCGCUCAGGGCAAACCGAUGUAUUUUGCGUACGGUGGCGCGGGAUUUGUUCUUUCAGCGGGCGCGAUGAAGAAAAUGGUGCAUAAACACCACGGCUCAAUGGGUGAAUACGUUCAGCCAUCUUUGAGCUUACAGUUUGAGGAUAUAGUGAAGGGCGACUGCUGUGGGGAUUCUGUGCUCGGUUGGGCGUUGUAUCAGAAAGGCGUCAAGUUGUCGGGGCUAUGGCCCAUGUUUAAUCCACAUCCGCUGCAUAGCAUUCCAUUUGACAAUGCGUAUUGGUGCCAGCCGGUAAUUAGCAUGCAUAAAACUAUGCUGUCGGAUAUGAAGGGCUUGAUCGAAUGGGAAAACCGACGCGAUCGCAAGAAACCUUUACUAUACGCGGAUUUGUUUGAGUACACGCGUAUGGGGACCUUCGAAAGCAAAGCAGACUGGGACAACGGCGACUGGGGUGGUUUCAGAGAGCCCGACGAGUCGCCAGCACACGUCUCGAUGGAAGCCUGUCGGAGAGCAUGCCACGAGCAUGCUGAAUGUCUAUCGUACACCUACGACCAUUCCGGCCAUUGUAUCUUUGUGCGGACAAUGCGAUUGGGUCAUACUAAGCCGCCCACGCAAGAGGUGCGACUCUCCGCUGGCUGGGAUGUGGAGAAAAUGCAAAAUUGGCGAGCGUCGCAUCGAUGCGAGAAGCCCAUGUGGGUGAAGCCGAGCAUUACGCGCAUCUUUUAGAGCAUUGUACAUUAUUAUUCUGUGUCAGGCGUCUGGGUAUUUUGGGUUUAUAUGCAUUUCAUGAUGUUGUCAUUCAAUACCUAGCUGUUACGAUAUAUAGAUGAAUUGUUGUCAUUUACACAAAAU